GGUAAGAUAUUUUUAUAUUUCGAAACCAACAUUUACUCCUUAUAAACCAGGAAAGCUGAUGCAGAAAAGGCAAAGGAGGAAAAGGGACAGGAGAACAAAAUCUGAGAGUUUCUGAGAGAAGAUAACAGGAAAAAUGCAGUCACCUUGCCUGAGAGAAGCUCUACAAGCAAUAGCAUGUCCUCCUGGUUGCUGUCCAUCCCCAUUACUAGGCUUUCCUGAGCCUCAUGAAGCCAAUUCCAAGUCCAGCAACACUUCUGCGGCUUGCCGCAAAAUCUUUGUAAGAAAAACUUCUUCCUUUUUCUUUUCAGAAACCCAAUUCACCAACCAUGAGUCUCUCCCUUCUUUGGAGGAGUCAUUUGCUCAAUUCACCAAAGCUUACCCACUAUAUUCUGAGACCCAAAGAAUAGACCAAAUCCGAGCACAAGAAUACCAGCAUCUAUCCCUCACCAACCAUGUCUGUCUUGAUUAUAUUGGCAUUGGCCUCUUUUCACAAGCACAGUUUCGAAAUCUAAACACAAGGCCCUCAUUUGCCUCAUCCUCAUCUCCUACACCACCCACGCCUCCACCCAGAAAAUUGGAUUUUCCAUUUUUUAGCCUCUCCUGCAAGACAGUAAAUCUGAAGUUCCAGCUACUGCACGGUGUCCGAGAAUCAGAAAUGGAAUCUGCAAUCAAGAAAAAGAUCAUGGGUUUUCUUAAUAUCUCAGAGAAUGAUUACUGUAUGGUUUUCACUGCUAACAGAACUUCAGCCUUUAAGCUUGUAGCAGAAUCUUACCCGUUCAAAUCCAGCAGAAAGCUUCUGACAGUUUAUGACUAUGAAAGUGAAGCAGUGGGAGCCAUGAUAGACAGCUCAGAGAAGAGAGGAGCUCAAGUCAUGUCGGCCGAAUUCACAUGGCCAAGUCUGAGAAUUCAGUCAGCAAAAUUGAAGAAGAUGAUUGUGAGUAAGAAGAAGAAAAAGAAAAAGAGGGGACUCUUUGUUUUCCCACUUCAUUCUAGACUAACAGGAACUAGAUACUCAUACCAGUGGAUGAGAUUAGCACAGGAGAACAGGUGGCAUGUCUUGCUUGAUGCUUGCGCAUUGGGACCAAAGGACAUGGACAGCUUUGCCCUGUCCCUGUUUUGCCCAGAUUUCCUCAUUUGUUCCUUCUACAACGUGUUUGGUGAAAACCCAAGUGGAUUUGGCUGCCUCUUCGUCAAGAAAUCUACUGUUCUAAUCUUAGAAUCUUCUACAGGUAUAGGGAUUGUCAGUCUUGUCCCAGCAAAGAAGCUUUCUCUGUCAUCAGAAGAAUCUUCUGAAACAGAUGCAGAACCCGAACAGACGAUUAAAUUUGGGUCAAAAGAAAAUGACUCCGCUACAUCAAGCCCUUUCUCAGGUACCGUAACCAAAACAAAUUCUGAAAGAUAUGAACAAGUAGAGACCACUAAGCUACACAAAGCAGCAAUUAGUCCAAAACAGAGACGACCGAUAACAUCAGAUAUCGUGGAAUCAGAGCAGAACACCAAAAGCAGUGCGAGUGGGAGCUUAGAGAUUGAAUUCAGGGGGUUGGAUCAUGUAGACUCAAUGGGACUGAUAAAAAUCAGUAACAGAGCAAGGUGCCUAAUCAAUUGGGUAGUAAAUGCGAUGAUGAAGCUCCAGCAUCCUAGUUCAGGGAAGGAGAAUCCCCUGGUGAAAAUUUAUGGACCAAAGGUAAAAUUUGACCGGGGACCUGCAUUGGCAUUCAAUGUGUUUGAUUGGAAAGGUGAAAAAGUCGACCCUGCUCUUGUACAGAAGCUUGCCGACCGAAACAAUAUUUCUCUCGGCUACGGGUUCUUGCACCAUAUUUGGUUCGCAGAGGAGUACGAAGAAGAGAAGGAGAAAGUCAUAGAGAGAAGAACGAGACAGGAAAUAAUGCAAAAAAAGAGAACAGACAAAGCUGAUCUCGGAAUAACAGUUGUUACUGCUGCAAUUGGAUUCCUGGCCAAUUUUGAAGACAUUUAUAAGCUUUGGGCUUUUGUUGCUCAGUUCCUGGAUGCAGACUUUGUGGAAAAAGAGCGAUGGAGAUACACAGCUCUUAAUCAGAGGACUAUUGAAGUUUAAAAUAAGUAUGUUAUUCAUUUAUUCUUUCAGACUACUGAGUUUGGGAAGUAUCAAUUGCACAUUAUAGAAGGGAAAAGGAGGGAGCCCAUCUUUGUUCUGUCAAUUUUAUUCUAGAAACAGUCUUCACUCGUUCACAUCGUCACCUGCACCUUUGUUUAUUUUGUUUUCAACACCAUAUCCUCGAGUAGUCAAAUGUACGCAUUUCAGCAAGGAAAACAAUCCUUCACUUGACACGGUGUAGGCUUUUGAAUUUUGAUGGAAGGAGAUUGCGCUGGCAACCGUUUUUAGAUAAAA